AUGGUGAGUGACCAGGCGUCCCGCAGUUCUCCCAGGGGCAAGGGGCCUGCAUCCAGGGACUCCCUGGGCCUGCAGUGCCACUCCUGCCAUGGCAUCCAGGACAUCGGCCAGUGCCUGCCCACCGAGUGUCCCGAGGGGUUCGUCUGCUUCAAGGCCAUCCUGAGUGUGGCCGAAGGCUACGGCCGUGGACACAAGGUGGAGUACAGUGGCUGUGCUCCCUCCUGUGAGGCCGUUUCUCAGAACUUCCAGAGGAAGACUUUGGGGACUCAUCCUGAAAUCGCUAUGGAGGGGCUGGGUCAGCAGACACCCCCAAGACUGGAGCUGGGGGAUGUGAGCUGCUGCCUGCAAGACCUCUGCAACAGGCCCGGCCUGCAGAGGCCAUUCAUGGUGGGCCGCGCCCCAGGGCCCCCGGCAGGGGGGCUUCUGCUCAUCCUGGCCCCCGCCCUCCUCUGGGCCCUGCUGUGA